GCAGCCUGACCCUACUGCUGCCGCUGCCGCCGCCGCCGUCGCCGUGACUGUAGAAGAGCAGACCAAGCCGAGGAGGAUGCAGGUGAAGUGGACCCAGCUGGGCAUGGUGUUCUUCCUGCUCCUCUCCCUCGUCAUGACGGGGUGUUUCCUCUGGCAGUACCAGCUGCCAAAGCUGCCGCCAGAUGAAGGGAUGGGUGGGAACUCUAAAGCAGAGAGGAUGUGUCCACGCUUUCCCCAGGCCCUCCCUCUUGAACACCCUAUCCCCAGCCUGAAGGAAGCCCUGGAGAAGGUGGACACCCUACUGCGCCAGACCCUGAACCCUGUGAGCAUGCCCUCCCUGUCGGCCAUCGUCAUCUUCAACGACACCGUCCUCUGGACGGGGAACUUUGGCAAGAAAAACAACAGCGACCCCCUGUCGACACCACCCAACGAGUACACCAUCUACAGGAUUGCCAGCCUGUCGAAGAUCUUCCCGACACUAAUGCUGUACCGCCUGUGGGAGGACGGCAAGGUGGGCUCCCUGGACGACCCCCUGGAGAAGUACGUGGAUAACUUCACCAUCAAGAACCCCCUGGGCAGGACGCGAGACUCAGAGCUCAAGUAUGUGACGGACGGCUUGAUCUUCCUGGACAGCGGGGAGGUCCAGAUACGCUCCUCGUCCGUCACCCUCCGCAGGAUGGCCAGCCAGCUCUCAGGUUUGCCCAGAAGACUGAGAGCAACAAACCUGCUGUGGAAGGGGAAGACCCAGGCUGCUGUUAACCUCCUACACGAUGACGUCCUAGUGGCAGACCCCGGAACCAAGUGCCACUACAGCAACCUGGCCUUCUCGCUGCUGGCUCAUGUCUUGGCUGAGAAGGUGGUGGGCCUGGACUACCAGCGUUGGAUCACAGACAACAUCCUGGACAGGCUGGGCAUGGAAGACACAGGCUUUGACAUCACCCCCGGCAUCCAGAGCCAGAUGGCCGUGGGGGUGUACUCCAGCGGCCUGCCGGCCCCUCUCUACGACCUGGGCUGGUACCGUCCAUCGGGGCAGAUGUUCUCCACAGCGGCGGACCUGGCCAAGCUGGCCAUGAUGCUGCUGGGGGCCUACCAUCGCAAGCUGCUGGAGCCCGACACCCUGAAGAUCAUGCUGACGCCGCUGUUCCGCUGCGACAAGGACUACUUCGCCAACCGCACCGGCACGCCCUGGGAGGUGAACGAGCAGCUGGGUUACGAGGUCGUACGCAAGGAUGGGGACCUGGACGGCUACUCCGCAACCUUCUCCCUGGUUCCCCGUCUCAAGCUGGGCCUGGUGGUCCUGAUGGCUGGGUCGAGGCCUCAGAACCAGGAUGUGGUGUCCAAGGCCUACAGCUAUAUCAUCCCGGCCAUGGAGAGGGCCUUCCGCGAGUCCAAGAAGAUCAUCACCCCUCCCCCAAGCUCAGACCCAUACGUCGGCUUCUUCACCUACGGCAACAUCACCUUCUACGAGAUCAAAGCCGGGGCGGACGGGGUUCUGAUCAUGCAGCAGUUUGGGCCCCAGAUUGAGGACCUGAUCCCCGAGAGGUACCGGACCAUAAAGCUCAACUACCUGGUGGAGAGGGUGUUCAGGGUGGUGUUUGAGAAGGAGUAUCCCUGCGUCCUACGGGUCAGCACCGCCUCUGUGUCCCUUGAGGCCCAGGAUGGACAGCUCUUUAACUUCUACGUGUUCGAUAAACGGGGUCUCUCCCCCGGCUUCGACGCGCCAGGCCUGAACACGUACAACGUUGUCAGGAUAGCUCGGAGACCAACCUUCUCAAACUGAAUUGAGCUGAUUGGGUUUACCGGACGCAUGCUUGUUAUCGGGCCUGUUGAAGUACUGGAGAUAGUAACUGUAAAUACUACAUGUAUUGAGCUUGUCAGGUGCUGACUGGCUGUGCAUAGAUCUGUGGGGGAUUCAGGAUGAAGAGGAUAACUUGUUUAUUCAUUUGAAUGAACUGUUAUUGACAGCCCAUAUCAAUAUCACCAUACAGGUUGACUCUUUUUAUACAGUCUCUGGCCUGACCGUCACAAUGUUUUGACUGUGCGUUCUGCAUUCGUUUGCAGCAUAUGUUUUACUUCCACAUUUAAGAGUAUAAAACUAUGGCAAUCUGCUCUGUGUUCAUCAAUCCCAUUCCUCAGUCUCGUUACUGUAACUAACAUGAUCCUAAGCAUAUGCAUUUCUUUUUAUGUUUGCUGACUUUAUAAUUAAUGUUCAAAUAAGUUUCAUAUUUACCAUUGGAAAUAAUGUGCUGUAGCAACCCAGGGGACUUGAAGGCCUGAUUCAUAAUGAAAGAGGACUCAGAGACAUUUAUCGUUAACAUAAAU